AUGACAGUUUUUAGCGAACGCAAGACAAUCACCGUUGUUGGAGCUACGGGUAAACAGGGAGGUUCGGUUGCUAGAUCCCUUCUCCAAAACCCCGAGUUUCGUGUGCGAUGCCUCACCCGAGAUGGGUCAUCAAAAAAGGCAAACGAGCUUCGUACGAUGGGGGCAGACGUUGUGCAGACAGACGGCUUUGAUGACGAUUCAACUCGCGAUGCCAUCGCUGGCAGCUGGGGUAUAUUCAUCAACAAUGGCUAUUCAAACACGGAUGAUGUGAGAGAGGGCCGGUAUGAACUGGACUUUGGGAACCGCAUUUUACAGAGCUCCGCUGCCACUGGGAUCCCGAACGUUGUUUUCAGCUCCCAGCCAUCUGCCGGAGAGCUCACAAAUGGCCAAAUCCGUACACCUAUCUUGGAUGUUAAAGCAUGGGGCGAGUCCUGGGGGCGAGCUAAUCCAGCCUUCAAAGCCUUUACACCAAUCAUGUGUUCUUGGUACUUGGAGGACUUCCUCAUGCCAUCCUUCUACCAAGGGUUCGGCGGAUUCCCGAUGCAGAUGGAUUCUGAUGGAUUAUUCACGUUACGCAGUCCGCUGAUUGGCGGUGGUGAGAGAGUACCUUGGAUCUGCAUUGAGGAAGAUUUUGGCGACUUAGUUCAUGGAAUUUUCUUGAACCCAGCUCGUUGGAAUCGUCGCACUGUCCAAGCCGUUGGCGAUAUCGUGUCAUUUGCAGACGUAGUAGAGACCUUCGUCCGAGUCAGGAAGCAGCCAGCACGAUUCAUCGGAUACAAAGACCCGGCAACGUUCCCAGCUUUCGAGAAGCCCGAGUUGAAGGAGUCGAAAGAUGUAUUUUCGUUUUAUCAAAUCCGGGAGGGUGAGAUAUUUGGGUGUGGAGUCACCGAAUCUCAAACUGCAGCUGAACUGAAGAGAACAGCCACAGAGGCCAAAAAGCUCUCUGGAGGUCGAAAAUCCCUUAUGACAUGCGAGGAAUGGUUCACAGAAGUCUUUCCACAGCACACGUAG